GGGCAGUGAGCCGCAUCUUCGUUUGUACCGCCAUCUCGGUCUUAGCAUGGAUUCCCAGCCGAUUUCUCUCGGUCUCUGCAGACUGCCAGAAGGCUCAUCACUCAUUACCGACGCGGAUGAGGAGGUCUUUCUCCUCUACACGGAUCUAGCUAGGAAGCAGUCGUGUGCAGAGCAGGGUGGAGACAACUUCAGAGGCCUCGGAUACCUGGAGCGCCACAAGGACGUGCUAAGUUUGGAAUUCACGUACCCCGCGAAGCAAUCGCAGGCUGCAGGGAGAGCAAAGGGAAAGUCUUCCAAGAAGAAGAACACUGAGACAGAAUUCGAGACUCUAGAGGUGCAGCUGGCACAGGACAAGACGGCUCUGCACAGUCGGAAAGGAGAUACCGGUAGCGUCUUGUGGCGAGCAAGCGCGGAGUUUGCUCAACUGGUCCUCCGCCAAUAUCACUCUCGUGACCCCAAUGCCCUGCUAAACUCCGUGCGUCUUCAGGAGGCGAAUGUACUCGAGCUGGGGGCUGGAACUGGCCUUCUUGGAGUCAUCUUCGCACCUCUGGCGGAACAUUAUACGGUGACAGACAUCGACGAUCUUAUCCCACUCAUCAAGAAGAACCUCGCUCUGAAUGGCGUCCCCAACACCCCGCCUUCUCCUCCCAAAGGCGCUCCUACGAAGGCGAGCGUAUCAGCAGAAGCACUUGACUGGGUCGCCCUUCAGAACUGCUCCGCAAGCAAGCGACAUUCGAUAUAUUCCUAUUCGCCAAUGGAUCUUUUGCUUGUUAUCGACUGCAUCUACCAUCCGUCUUUGCUGCCUGCGCUUGUGGACACUAUCGAUUAUCUGGCCACUCCGGAGAGGACUACCGUUCUCGUAAUCGUAGAGCUCAGAGCCGAAGAUGUCGUGCGGGAGUUCUUGGAAUUGUGGCUCGCAGCAGGUGAAGGUGUGUGGGAUAUCUGGCAUGCCCACGAAGUAAUGGAAGGACCGUAUGCUGUAUGGGUAGGGUGGAAGAAGGGGAUAGAUCGAUAGAGUCCGUUUGACAGUCUGCAAGAGGGCAUGAUUGGAGAAUAUAUACGCAGGUGAUAAUCUGGGAGCACACAGCAUGUAAUCACCGCUUUCCACUCUUCUUUCUCGACCCUUUCCCUCCAGCUCGCUGCGCUUUUUCAACCUUCCGCUUCUGCUGCUUCACCCUCUCCGCUUUCCGUGCUGUGUUCGUCUGAUACUUGAUCUUCUUCGGAUCCCUCGCCUGCAAUUUCUUCGUUGUGGUAGUUGCCUUCGUUUUUAUUGUUUCUGGUUUUUCUUUCAAGACAGAUUCUGGCAGAGGAAACUGCUUGACGUCUCCAUCCUCGUCUUCGUCCAUGAUAGUUUUCUGCUUCGGUCCGUGCAGAAGGUGGUCUGGAUCGAAAUCUUCGACGACGAUGACGGUCGCUAAAUGCUCUUCUCCCUCAUAUUCUUCCUCUCUCUCGUCAGCCUUUCCCUUUCCCUUUCCAUUGUCUGACGGCUCGCCAAGUCCAUCCCGCUCAUCACCUUCUGCACGAGCAAAGGAAUUGGAUAACGUCUCGACAAGAAGAGCGCGACGGAUAUACCUUCAUCGUCAACGGUAGCACCGUAUGCCUCCUCCACUUCAGCUGCGUUCUUGGCAGCUCUCUCGGCAAGCACUCGUCGAUUCUAGCACCUGGUGUCAGCCUUG